UGCAGAGCCAAGCUGAAACGACGAGAAGAAAUGACCGCCUUUAUUUUUCCAUAGUAUAAUACAUAUACUAACUCUUUAGAAUAAACAAAAGCAAUUCGAAAUUCACUCUUUUCACACAAUUUGAAGAGAACUCCUGGUCAAGACUGUAAAUUCUUCAAGGUACACUUUCUGCACUGACUUUUGAAGCGUGUUUUGGGUCCCAUUUUGUAUCAAACUCUUCCCACCUGUUCCAUAAGUGUGGUGUCCAGCCACAGAGUAUGUCAGUGGCUCUUCUCAUGCGAUAUGCCACGCUCAGCGGGUCCCGUGUCUGCAGCAGGGCCGCCCUCGGCCUGACCAGCGCCCAUCAGGAAGACCCGAUACGGUCUCUACACACUCCAUCAUCUCCUCGGUGCAGUAACUCCCGCUUUGAUCCAGACAGCAGUGGCCGUCCGACUACCUGGGACUCCUUUGGUAUCUGGGACAACCGCAUCGAUGAGCCCAUCAUGCUUCCAUCAAGCAUCCGCUAUGGUAAACUCAUUCCCAAAGUUAGCCUGACCAAGGUCGGCUGUGCCUCGCUGAUUGGUCAGCGGAAGGAGAAUGAAGACCGCUUUCAACUAUCGCAGAUGACGGACAACAUAAUGUACUUUGCGGUUUUUGAUGGGCACGGGGGUGCAGCGGCUGCUGAAUUCUGCCACAAGCACAUGGAGAAGCAUAUUAAAGACAUUGCAGAGGAGGAGAAUAACCUGGAGUUAGUUUUAACCAGGGCAUUUCUUGAGCUGGACAAAUCGUUAGCCAGGCAUCUUCACUUCAGUGCAGAUGCCUCUCUGUUGAGUGCAGGGUCCACAGCCACAGUGGCUCUGCUGAGAGAUGGGAUCGAGCUGGUGGUGGGCAGUGUGGGGGACAGCCGUGCCAUGCUGUGCCGCAAAGGCAAGGCCCUCAAACUCACUGUGGAUCACACACCUGAGAGAAAGGAUGAAAAAGAGAGGAUACGUAGGACCGGAGGUUUUAUUACGUGGAAUAGUUUGGGUCAGCCUAAUGUCAACGGCAGACUGGCCAUGACGCGCAGCAUUGGAGAUUUCGACCUCAAGACGUCAGGUGUCAUCGCAGAACCAGAGACUAAGAGAGUUUCAUUGCAUCACGUCCAUGAUUCUUUCCUGGCACUCACUACUGAUGGCAUCAACUUCAUCAUGAACAGUCAGGAGAUCUGUGACGUCAUUAACCAAUGUAACGACCCUAAAGAGGCCGCACAGCGCAUAUCUGAACAAGCUCUUCAGUAUGGAUCUGAAGACAACAGCACUAUCGUUGUGGUGCCAUUCGGUGCCUGGGGCAAACACAAAAGCUCUGACGUGAGCUUCUCCUUCAGUCGCAGUUUCGUCUCCAGUGGCCGCUGGGCCUAAGCAAAAAUAACUCGAGACACUGAAUCGUAUAAGUGAUACACAAAAUCGACUCACUAAUCCGAGCUAAACAAUGUGCAAUAUUCUCCUUAUCCAUCCUGUGAGGAUCACCUCAAAAAAGACCAUUAAAGCCAGAACCCACAUUGAAUGUGGUUUUGGAGUUGAUUUCUCUUAUCAGAAAGCUAUUUAGCCUAGAGAAGCAAAAUAAGCAUUGAAUGGUGUUAAAGUUCUCCUGAGCUUUGAGGUUUUCCUGGUCUUUAAUAGUUAAAGGUUACCUCAGUUCUGUUUUUGUCUUUCGCAGAUACUUUACAAUAGUUUGCCUUGCCAUAGUGGAAGCAACACCCGUCACAUUUUAACGUCACAAUAGGAUUGUCAAGCAUUUUCAGAUUUUGGGAGGUUCCAUUGUUUUUUCAUGACUCUUUGUAGUGUUGCAUAUUCACAGUUAGACUACUGUGUGUACUGAAAUAUGAGCUCCUAAUCCUUGUGCAAGCACACGUUUCUAUAACUCCGUCUCCUUUUAUAAGUGUGAAUAUAUUUCUUCCAGCUUAACAACCAGCAAUUUUAAAGCUACACUAAUGGAAUCUGCAACCCAUCUUGAGGACCAUUGUGUGAACAAAUCCACGAUUUUUCUGUGCCUUGUCCAUAAACGUCUGUUCUUAUUUCUUAUUGCUUGAGUUAUUCUGAUGAGGAACUCAACUUUAGGUUCAUAACUAAAGUUUUAAACUGUGACGUGUGCUCGUUUAGUGUUACCAGACAAACUAUUUUUAUUCAGAUUGUACACUUCUGCGGUUUCCCUACAAUGUAUAGAUCAAAGUGCGGAUGGUUGUUUUAUUUUAUUUAUAUAAUGUAUAUGAUGGACAGUUAACUUUAUGGUAUAUGUGAAUGUAUAUAUGUAAUAAUACAUAUUUUCUUCUAAAGUCUCCUAGUUACAGGAGAGAAGUGAACAUUCAUUCAUUCAUUCAUCCUCUGACUUGAUUGUUGUAAUUGCAGACAUUCAAAAUCUGUCGUGAUCUCUGAUGUCCAGUGAAUUUUAUUUGUAGAGCCAUACACACGUGACCUCAGCAAGUCGGCAUCUCAUGUUCAGGCUUCGUUUUCGUUUCUUCAUGUUUUGAAUCCGACAUUUAACACUUCAUUUCAUUCUCAUUCAGCAUUUCCUCUCAUUUUAGACUUUUUACAGCCUUUUUUUGUUCAUGUCUUCCUCUUUAAGGUCCAAAAGCACUUCCAGUACUUAUUAUGUUUCUUUUAGAAUGUAUUACAUUCAGUGUUAACACAACUGUGCAUGGAUUUUGCUUAGAACAAUCUGUAAAACAACUGCAAGUGUUUCCUGUUCUAUAUAUUUGGACCUAACUUUGCUAUUAUUGAUAUGCAGUUUAUUGUAAAAUACAAUGCAGCUGUGAAUAAAGUUUCACCAGAAACAUC